GAGAUACAGUUGCCUGAAGCGGACAAAAUAAGUCAGUCGCCGAGGCCUCACUAUUUCGCCUCCUGUCGGACUGUGCGCGCCUAGUUGCUAGGCGACCCUCCGCAGGGCCUCAGAUUAACGGGUUUCUGGCCGCGGCUCUUGGUCAAUGGCGAAGUUCGUGCUGGCAGGUAGAGCAGAUUGCCCCUACUAUGCUAAAGCAGAACUCCUAGCUGACUAUCUGCUGAAAAAUUUGCCUAACUUCAGGAUACACAAGAUAGUUCAACAUCCUGACAACUGGGAGAAGUGGCUUCAGGAGAUCUGUAAUGAGAAUGGCUGGAAACACAAACGUUCCCCAAUUAUUUGGAGAGAACUGUUGGACCGUGGUGGAAAGGGCCUUCUUCUAGGAGGAUUCAAUGAAUUUCUAGAACAUGCUCAGCAAUACUAUAACAUCACAUCAGAUAUGAUGACUGAAGAGAUGUUACUAAUAGCUAAUGAGAACUUGCAGACUUGCAUAGAAAUUGAAGCAGAAGAGAAAGAACUAAAAAGUCUUAUCAAUCCCUUGCACAUUUGGCUUAAUAGAGCAUGCAGUCCUGCUUGUUAUCAUCUGAUCCCGUUAUUAACUAAUGGAGAAAUAUUUGGAAUGGAAACUGAGAUAAGCCUUCAUUUGUUUGACAGAAGUAUUUUCAAAGACAUUCUUUGGGGUAUUGUUAUGGAGACUCAAGAUUUAGCAUCCCCAGUCCUUCGUAGUGUCACUUUACAUACUGAACUGGAGGAGAUUUUCCUUGAUGCUGAUAUCAUCAUUUUGUUUGAUGACAUCCUACAGGAAACAAUCCCAACACUCGAACACUGUAUCCACCAAGUGACUGAUCAAUGUAAAACAUAUGGCCCUUUGAUAGAGCAGAAUGCCAAAAACAAUGUCAAAAUUAUUGUGAUGGGAAAAACCUUUACUAACCUUAAGUCGUUAAUGCUUAUGACAUAUGCACCCUCUAUAAAUCCUAAAAAUAUUAUCACUCUUGCCAUGCUGUUGGAAAGUGAAGCCAAAGCUAUGGUAGCAAGAAAAAUGCAAAUGCACCCCGCAGGAAUAAAAAACCUCAUUGUUUGGGGGAACAUCAGUGGCAAUAGCUUCGUUGAUCUGAGUAAAACAGAGCUAUAUAGAUAUGACAGUGCCAUCUGGGGCCCACCAAGUUUUUUUCGUCCUUUGUUGGAUGUGCUAUUUGAUCGUGAAUGGAUGCAAAUUGAAUUUGUGGCUUCACUGAGUUCAUUAACUUCUUGGGGAGCUCGUGGUUUAGGAAUGGCAUCUGCACAUACGAUCGCUACUGUGCUGAGAUACUGGUACCAAGGAUCCCCUCCUGGAGAAAUGAUCUCCUUGGGAGUAAUUAGUGAAGGUCAAUUUGGACUGCCUGAGGGGAUUGUUUAUUCAAUGCCCGUAAGGUUUGAGAAUGGCAGCUGGGAGAUCUCUACAGAAAUAGAAAUUAAUGAAAAAACUCAGUCAUAUCUUCUAAUCCUGGCUUGUGAUCUCAUUCGGGAAAAACAAGUUGCCUUAGGUGAAGUAGCAGAACUGAAUCCACAGAGAAGAGACAUCCAUGCAAUAUAUCGUGAUGUAGCAGAAGAAGAGGAAGACUUUGAAGUAAAUGCUGAACCCAGAGCUUCCUUAAUUGACCAAGAAAGAGCCUUGGAAAGUGAAGAUCAAACUGUUGCUGAAGAAACAGAAGAUACUGACGAAUUAAAUGAGUCCAAAAAUAUUGAAGACGAAAACAUUGAAGCUGAAGAUGAUUAAGAAGCUAAAUGCAAAAUAGUUCUUUAAUAUGUAAUGAAAAUUGUAUUGCUUUAUUAAUGAAUGCAGAAAAACUGUAUGAUGUACUUCAAGAAAUGUAAUGUAAAGAAGGAAUAGUGUUUUAUUUUGUCAAAUUUAAUUUGCAAUUUAAAGUUAUUUUGAUAUUUACUGAUGCCUGGCAUCUUCUCAAAGGUUUUGAAUUUUGACUCCCACUGAUUUAAGUAUUCAGUUAUACCUCUUGUUAGUCAUAAUUUUUACUGAAUUGUAUUUCUAGUUUUUAUAUCACCCAAAACUAUAAAGCUGGCAAAAUGUGAAUAUGCAAAAAUAAAAGUAAAAAUGUGCCUGACCCAAACAUCUUAAAUUAUACAACUUGAAUGAACUGUGUAAAAUAUAUUUGAUUUGAAUUGAUGAAUUGAGAUUUGAGGAGGGCAAUUUGAAUUUGAUUCUAGGGCAAACCAUGACCAGUCACAACAAACAAACCACCAGUAGCCUAGCUUAAUUUGCAAACAAGAUUUAGGCUUUAUCUAUCUGUUUUUAUUCUCCUAGAAUAAGAAAGAUAUGUACAAAUUAUGAUUUUGUUCAUUGGUUUCUUCAUAAGUGAAUGAAGCCUGAGUCCUGGGAGUGCAUAUCACACUAACAUUGGCUACAUAAACUAGGGAUGGUUUAAUUGUUUCUUGCGUAGAGUUUGGGUUAGAUAUUCUAUAAGGUCCCUUCCAACUCAAGCAUUCUGUGAUUUUAUCAUUUUGGCUAAUCCAAUAUCUCCACCUCUAUUUGUCACUAAACUAACCUUAUGGAUUUGUGUGAUGUGUGAAUGAAAUUUGUGUUAGUUCUGUUAAAUAAAUAGUGAAGAUGGCAGCACUCAUGUCUGCAUUUAUGGGUGUAUGUUAAAAUACUUCUCCUUGGAAUGUUUCUCAAUUUAUUCCUGCAGACAUUAGAACAGCACUAUGGAAUCUGUGGCCAUCUAGAUGUUGAUGAACAGUAGAUAUAGUAAAUGAGACUCCUGGGAUUUAUAGUACUACAGUAUCUGUAAAGUCAUAACUAACAUUCCUGUGUGCAUGUAAUUUUGGUGUGUUACCACAUAAAUUUAUUUAUUUAUCUAUGAAUUCAUAUUGCUGCCAAUCCGCACAUGUCGACUCAAGGCAACUUACAGAAUAUAAAACCCCAUAUAAAAACAAUCAAACUAAUUGAAAAGCAUCCUUUUGUUCAUGGUUAUUUAAGUGACUAGAAUAGUGAUGCAAGAUCAAUUGUGAGAAAAUAUGACAAAAGGUAUACAGUUCAGAUGUGUAUUUGGUUUUCUUUUCUUUGAUAUGGACUAUAAUUUUAUUUGUCUUUUUUUUAGAAGGCAUUUUUAUAUGUGGAAAAAAUGUACACUUGUGCAUGUUUACACAGGGAUCUAUAAACAUAAGAUAACUCUUCAGUCGGAAGAGUACUAAAUCCAGUAUCUUACUGAAAAAGCAAGAACAGCAAAACACACCAGCUUCUUGUUUAUUUUUAUUCUAUAGCUUGUGAUACUUCAUCAGUAGUGGUUUAUUUUAAGUAAAGUUUAAACUUGUGCAGAGUGAAUAAAAUUAAUAAUUUAUCCUAUCAGUUGCAACUGAAAGCAUUCCUGGAUGAAUUGAUUUCUACAACUUAACAAUAAUAGAUUUAGUGCAGGAAAUACUGCUUUUUCAUUCUGUGUGUAAUGGAGUAUGUAGCUAUAUAAAAACAUAAGACUUUUUUUCUUUUAUUAUGUGUUAAAUGUAUUAGCUUUAGCCAAAUUCAUGUGGUAAAGGAGUCAGAAUAUUUGGAUUAACAAGCUUAGCCCUGUUUUAAUGCAAUAACAUUAAAUGAAAGAUAAUGUUCUAGGCUGGAAAAGGCUUAUAAAUUCAAGGUGUGCUAGAGGUGUUAAAUUCAAAACUACCCUGCUAUGGGCAGACUUCUAUUCCAUCUGCAAUGCUAUCUAAAAUCAAUUUCACCUCCAAUCCAGCCUGUACCUCUUCAGCAUUCCAAAUGAAGCCUGCAGACUUUUCCAGUCUAACUGCCAGCCUCUGUUCUGUAAUGCCUUAUUUAGACCUAAUAAAUAUACUAAAAUAC